UGUCUGAUUAUUUCGAUUACUCAGGUCUGCAUAACGAUCGUGUUGGCUGAUCUUGCUUGUUGAGUGUUCCUGCUGCUGCUGAUCAAGAACAGCGCGAUAAACCUCUGUAUCUGCACUGACGGUGCAGUAGAGAGUGCCAUGCAGGAAGGUGAGAAGAGGGAGUGAGGCGAUGGGCUGCACCUCAGCCAAGCAGUUGUCAUCAGUUCCCAGUGAUGAAGAGGGUCGGGGCAAGGCUUACAGCAAUGGAGAUGCCUUCUCUGAUGAGUACAAAUUGAAAGAAGUUGAGAAGGUUAAAUACAUGCAUGGAGAAGAGGAGCGCAUGAACACACGAAACCAAGAGAACUUGGAAAAGAGCACAUUUUUGCACAAGGGCAGGCAUAAAGAUGCCACAGGAAAUAGUAAUAAGAUAAGUAUCCACUCUUCAGAGAGUCAGCAGGAGUUUUUUAAAAUGCUGGAUGAGAAGAUUGAAAAGGGACGGGACUACUGUUCGGAGGAUGAAGAUAUGACAUAGCAUGCUGAGUCCCUGACUCGGGCCAUCAGCGAGUCAGAACUCCCCCAAUGUUCCUUACAACUCCUUUCCAUGCCCUCUCACCCCAAGAGUACUAAUCUGCAAAAGCAUGAGGUUAAUAACUUGGUCGAAAGUGAUGUUCAAUUCUCUUAUUCCCUAAAGUUUACAUACUACACACCUCACCCAGAUGUCUUACAGGUCAGUGUUUGAUACUCUUGAUGUAUGAUAGGGAGCAUGAAAAGGCCUUGUUUAAGGAUGUCGGGAUUUGGCCCAAGUUUUGAAUGGGAAAGCCAUUUUCAGACUGUUCCUCAAUUCCUUGCCUUACACUACCCAUAAGCCUUCUCCAACUCAUAGACUACAUACGGUGGAGAGAGCAAUGCACAUAACAUCUUGGAUUUCGCCUUCUCUUUGACAUGGACAUCUGUCAGACACUCACAUACUCGUACCGUAAGGGACCGUGAUGCACAUGAAGUGGAGACGCACAUCAGGAGGGAUUUUGCUGAGAGACUUAAGUGAUGCUGAAACACAGGAUGUGAAAUCUUAUGAACAGAAACACAAGGCCAUUUAUAGCAAGCGUUUUUUUCUUUUACUAUAUCAGCAAAGUGUUUUUCACCCACAAAUGUAUUAUUUGUUGUCUUUGACUUUUUUUGAGUCAUGUGUUACAAAGCUCAGGACUGUGGUGCUGUGUAUGUCAUCAGUAUAUUUGUUGUUGGAUGAGAGCAGUAGUUUCUUUAUAGACAGUCUUAGAUAUGUUGGGUUUAUAUGCAGCUAAAUAAUGAAUAGAUAACAGCAUCUAGAGGAGUAAUAUUUAGUGACUCCAGUUACAGUAUCAUUAUGUAAUGUAGUUUUUGAUACUCAUUUUGCUGUGUAAAACAGGUGACUAUCACGUGUUAGCUUGACAUUUACAUCAUUUACAUUCCAGUUUUUAUAAGUUUAAAAAAGGUCAAGUUUUGAAGCCAGCCUUCAGAGUUUUACAUAGAUACUUUUUUAUUACCAGCAAGUGUUGUUUCCUUUUACAAUUUUGACAGUAAUGAUAAAUGUACCAUAAUCUUAAGCAGUUUUUUUUUUACAAAGAAACAGACAAGCCAUUUUUUUCUUUUUGAACACUAAAGUGAUAAUAUAACAUAUGUUUGAUAUACAAGUUCUCUUUACAUUUGGGCCAAACUAUAUUGCCAAAAAUGCAUAAUGUUUGUAGCUGAACUAAAGAAGGAUGAACAAAGGUUUAUUAAUGUUAUCUUUUUUAGCUCUGUACCAUUAAUGUUAAGUUAGAUGUUCCAAUUUGUUUUGGUUUACGGUCAGUUUACCCUGCUCUGUUUAGGUUUUUGGGAAUUAUGCGGUGUUAUUUUACAUAACUGACAUUUCAAGUGCAAGUAAAGAGGAGCAUUUUAA